CAUGUGAUAUUCCUAAACAUCACUGGAUACCGUUGACUGAAGAGGAAAGGACAUCCCAGUGAUUUUCCUCAUGUUGACCACCUCCUCCUCCGCAGCCAACCCUGAGCUGUGAGUCAGAAGCGAAGCUGGACGGAUGACGAGCAUGACUUUGAGCCAAUCCGCAGAUGCAUGCAUGCGCACAGGGCCCAGUGCCAUCCCCCCUGCUUCCCGGCUUUGAAGCUGCCUCUGAGAGGGGGUGUGGCGCCGGUACGUAGCUAGACCCUCGCACCCCCAGUGUUGGCCCUGUGACCCUGUGGCUGAGCGUCAGCCUGGCGCACCCUGAUGGAUCAGGCUAGCAGUGAGCAGAGUCCUGAGGAGCCGGAGGUGGGCCGGAGGGCGUCUGAGUCCGAGCACGGCCUGUCCAAAAUCACCCACAAUGCACUGGAAAACAUGGGCGCGCUGGGCCACGGCCUGAAGCAGCUCUUCCAGCCGCAGCGCCGCCGCUCGUCCGUCUCCCCGCACGACGCCGCCACCUCCUUCUCUAUGGGUGGGCCUGCCCCUGAGCCCCCGGACGGUGAGGGGCCAGAGGUUGGGGACUCGCCCGCCCCCGGUCCGGACUCUGACCCCCACGCUACUUCCUCCGCUCCCCCUGCAGCUCUGAGCCGCGUUCUGCAGCAGAUCAGAAGCGCGCCCCCAAUGAUGAAGCGAGGGACCAGCCUGCAGAGCCGCCGCAGCAAGACUGGGGGGACUGGGGACCCCCCCCAGAAAGGCAGCCCCCAGAUCCACCGGAGGAGUACCCAGGAGGUGAUGCUGCUGCAGGCUGGCCGCCCGCGCUCCUCCUCCACCACGGACACGCUCACCAGCCCCGCCCUGGCCGACAUGCUGCUCACAUCCGGGUACCACUCCACUGAGGAGCCUGACCGGCUGGAUCGUCUGGACGGCUCCGGCCCGGCCAUAUCGCCCAACGCUAUUUCCUAUGGAGCAGACAGCUACGGGCUGGACUCAGUGGACAGCACCCCCGACCCCCAGCGCACAAAACAGGCCAUCGCCCAGCUGCAGCAGAAGAUACUCAAGCUCACCGAGCAGAUCAAAAUCGAGCAGAGGGCCAGAGACGACAAUGUGGCAGAGUACCUGAAGCUAGCUAACAACGCAGACAAGCAGCAGAGUGCCCGCAUUAAACAGGUGUUUGAGAAGAAGAACCAGAAAUCAGCCCAGACCAUCCAGCAGCUGCAGAGGAAGUUGGAGCGCUAUCAGCGCAAGCUGAAAGAGGUGGAGCACAACGGGAUCCCCCGUCAGCCCAAAGACGUGCUCCGAGACAUGCACCAAGGCCUCAAGGACGUGGGCGCCAAGGUGACCGGUGGCCUCUCCAGCUUCUCCCACGCCACUCACUCUGCAGCUGGGGCCGUGGUGUCCAAGCCCCGAGAGAUCGCCUCCCUCAUCCGCAACAAGUUUGGCAGCACCGACAACAUUUCGUCCCUGAAGGACUCCCUCGACGAACCCCAGGAGGAUGGUCACGGUCUGGGGGGGGCUUCCAGCCCAAAGUACGGCAGUGAGGACGACUGCUCUAGUGCCAGCUCCGGCUCGGCAGGGGUCAACAGUGUCCCCGGGGGCCCGCCCAGCUCUAAGGGUCUUAACACCCUGGACCCCGGCCAGUCAUUGGGCUUGGACACGCUGCUCCACGAAGUGCAGGAGCUUCGGGACAACCAGGGUCGGCUGGAUGAGUCGUUCAACAGCCUGAAGAGUCACUACCAGAGAGACUACACCAUGAUCAUACAGGCCCUGCAGGAGGAGAGAUACAGGUGUGAGCGUCUGGAGGAGCAGCUCAACGACUUAACAGAGCUCCACCAAAAUGAGAUCCUCAACCUGAAGCAGGAGCUGGCCAGCAUGGAGGAGAAGAUCGCCUAUCAGUCCUACGAGAGAGCUAGAGACAUUCAGGAGGCGUUGGAGGCAUGCCAGACGCGGAUCUCCAAGAUGGAGCUGCAGCAGCAGCAGCAGCAGGUGGUCCAGCUAGAAGGCCUGGAGAACGCCACAGCCCGGACCCUGCUGGGCAAGCUCAUCAACGUGCUGCUAGCUGUCAUGGCCGUGCUCCUAGUGUUCGUCUCCACUGUGGCCAACUGCGUGGUGCCCUUGAUGAAGACGCGUAGCCGCACCUUCUCAACGCUGCUCCUUGUUGUCCUCCUCGCCUUCCUCUGGAGGAACUGGGAGGUCAUCUCCCAGUACUUGGACCGCUUCCUGUUGUCCCCGAGUUGACCUGCAGGGGGGCCUCAAUGAACGACAACAGAGGUGCGGGGCUCUCAUAACAAUCAGGGAUGGCGACGCAGGGCCUGGCGGGACGAGAGGGAACUAACUAACCCAUGCACUGCCUCUGAUGCAACUGUAGUGGCGCCAGGCCAGCCCAGUGGGUGGGGCUUAGUGGACAGGAGGAGGAGCCAGGAUACCUUUCUCUCUCCAAGGAGUGAAUUUGUUUACAGGUGGAAGAUGUUUAUUGCAUUAGAAUUGAUUCAAGUGGUAUUGAAUUUGUUUCUUGAUAUUGCUAUCAUUAAUGCAGGUGAUUGAGGGCUCUCUCGUGGCUGGAUUUGGAUAAUGAACAGCUGGCAUUUUGCUGAUCCACAUGGCUAGUGUCCUCCCCUUUCGCUAUUCCUUUUCUCUUUCUAACCCUAAAAUCUCCCUUUUUCUUACUCCGAUGUUUCUAUUCCUCUGUCUCUCUUCUCAAUCACCCCAGUCUGCUUGUCUUUCUGGGAGGAUUAAUAGACUAACUAUAGUACACUGCUGUGGACAAAAUCUAACUGGAUCAAGCAAUUGAUGGGUUCUCGAGCAGUGUGUUUUAUAUGGACAAGCUGAACGCAAUGAUGGGCCUGAUUGGAUAAGGACGCUGAGUCGGAAUAUGCUCAGCUUGAGAAGCCCUCCCCUAUUGGUCCUGCCCCCUGCAGAGACAAUGAACAUACUUGAAGAGCUGUAAAAAUGCUCAGACUGUGCUUCCGUACUGUUUCUAUUAGUGACAAUAAAAUAGUACUUUUUUAAAAAUAAACAUGCUGUUUUAA